AUGUCAUCGAAUUCCCCGAACGGCCCUCCGAUUCAAUACUACAGCUCUGUCUUCGUCUGCAUCUACGAGCCCUGUGGUACCUACCAAGCUAAGCCUCUGGGCACCUUUCGACUUGUCAAUGGCUUCUAUCAGGUGCCAGCUCCACCUUUGUCCAACACGCCAUACAUGGCAGGCCUCAUGCCGAUCGGCGAGUCCACAUACACGUCCACGGAGCAGCAGCAGGGCGGGGGCAUGAUGAGACCGCCUCCCAUUCCUUCUCCUCAUCGAUCGGACAGCAACGCUUCUCGCCUUGAAUCUGUUCCGAACUCUACCGCCACCUCUGCCGGUACCCGGAAUACUCAGCCAACAAGAACGUCGAGUUUGCCGCCACCUGCAGGACCAUCACCAAGCACUCCGACAAGACCGUCUUCUGGGCAAUCCACUCAAACCUCUACCGCUGCAUCAACAGUCCCACAGGACGAGUCAUCAUCGAAUACUCAAGCACUCGCUGCAACGCAGCCCAACGCACAAACUCAACAGACUUCGGCAACGCCGAUCAGCCGAACGACAAGAGCCGCAGCCGCAGCACGAACCAACCAGAACACAGCGUCAUCUUCACAUGUUGCUGGUCCGUCAUUUGCAUCGAACGCUCCGCCUGCUCCUCGAGGCCAACCAAGCCGUGAUGGUCUCGUCGGGGUUGCCGCUCUCAACCUCGUCAGGCUCCUGGAAAGAGAUUUCAAGCAAUUUGAACUGUCAUUCGUUGGACGUGCAGUCGUCGGACUUGGCCGAGAAGGCGGAGACACUGAUGAGACCAAGAGCAAGUUUGACGAGCAAUCCGAGGAUGCUAGAGUAUGGCCGCACUUCAAGUUAGCGCCAACAAAGGACCAAGCCGAGUUCGUGCGUUGGGCGGUGGGUCACUGGCUCAAGGCAAGCGGAAUCUACAACACCACGUUCCUGACGUUCAUGUCGGACUGUUUCGAGCAGUACGAAAGUUUGAAGAUCAACAACGCACGCAUCAUGACGCAUAGCGGAGUCCAUUUGAGUGCUUGUAGGGUCAAACAACGCACGCAUAGCGUAGUUCGCUCGAGCACUAUGAAGAUGAAAGAUGAGAUGGACAAGGACAAAGACCAAAGCAGAGAGAUUGCCAAUGGAGCGAUAGGAGUCGCACAACGCACGCAUACCGAAGUCCCGUCGAGCGUUGUGCGUGGGGGCGAUGUAUGCAAGGCGACUGCCAUCGUCAGGUUGAUGAUGAUCAUCAAUGCAUGGGCGUUGCGAUCAAGAUACACGACUCGGAACAGGGACAGGGACGAGAUUCCAGGUUUGCAAUAA